AUGACUUCAAAGUACAAUCAGGUUAUGCCUUUGCAUAUGACAAUUAUAGCGGCUGAUAUGUUCUUCAACCUGGCUGCUACUGCCGCUUAUGAUAAAAACACAGCUCAAUUGAUGAUAUUUAUGUAAGGCGUAGUCUGUAGAGCUGGUUUCAAUGGUUUUUAUACAUUUUCCGACUUGUUUCAGUCUGUAUGACAUCUUUAAAAUGUAUGUUUUAGAUUACAAGAUAUAUUACUCGUGAUGGGUGUGGUAAUAUUACUGAUAACAUUCUCAUCGACAUUUGUGUUCAGAGCUGGAUUAAUGGAAGUGUUGGCCAAGGAGUUUUGGUUUACAUUUUUGGUGUCUAUAUUAUACCUGGUAUCAUGUAUUGCUUUACAUGUCAUCAGCUUGGUAUGUUUGUCAUAUUGUUUAUAUGAAGAUAUUUUGUGUAAUAUGUCAUUAAAGAAUACUUUUUAAGACAAAAUCACGGGUUUUGAUUUCCUUUUAUUCAGAAAGAUCGCUGGAGUGUGGAAAAUUAUUUCUGGCCAGGAUAUCUACAUGCUAUUUAUUUGACCCAAAGGUUAUGUAAGUUUUGACAACAAUAACUCUCACUAUCUUAUGUCAGUAAAACCUAAGAUUAUAUCAGUGAAGUCUAAUAUACUUAUUUUAUAAUUUUAACAUUAAAAGUAAUUUCAGUAUCAGUAGUGUAUUAUUUCUGCUAUAAACGUUCCUCUCUGUGGCUAAGUGAUCCCAUAUAUCACAAGGAUACGGAAUGGCUACGGGAGCAGAUACGUGAGCGGUUCUGACCUCAGCCCCAGCACGUACUCCAAGAUACUGAUGUACCUGAUGGCCAUGCACAAGAUUGACAGUUUGGAGAGUUUGGCAUUCUUGGGAUGGGUUGGUAAAACCGAGCGAAGCUGA